AUGCGUUGGUCAAUGAUUCAGGAACAUGGUGGUGGUGGAUUAACGUUAUUGGUAAGUACAUUAUUAUUUGGUUCAAUUGGAUUAGUUGGUAAUAUAAUAUGUUUUCUCGUUCUUUAUCGUUCAUCCGCACAACCAUCACAAUCAUUUGUUCAAUAUUUACGUGCUCUAGCAUGUUUUGAUGUUUUUGUUUUAUUAAUUGAAUUUAUUGAAACAAUUAAUGAUUUAACAAUGUAUACGUUUAAUUAUUUAUUACUUUCAUUUCGUCUAUCAAUUAUAUGUAAAUUAUAUGAAUAUUUUAAACACGUUAUUAUUUUGGUAGCAUGUUGGACAAUUGCUGUACUUACAUUUGAUCGUUUAAUAUUAGUUUGUGAUCCAUUUACAAGUAUGUUUCCAAAUUUAUCACGAAAAAUAUGUAAUUCAAAAAGAGCAAAACAAAUUAUUUUAAUUUUAUUACUUAUAUCCAUGAUAAUUAAUCUACCACAGUUAAAAUAUAAAGAAUGGGUCUGUCGUCCAAAAGGUUAUCGUCAUAGUGCCUAUGCAUCACCACGUCAAAGUCUCACUCAACAAACACCCUUAUUAAUGUUUGAUGAUGAAAAUUUAAAUAAUGAAUUAUUAUCGAAUAAUAAUCUGGAUAUAGAUGAACAAUUUCAAAGAUUAAAUGAAAGUAUUUUAAAAAAUAAUCCAUCAUCAUUAUCCAAUGAACAUUUAUCAAAUUAUCCUACAGAAUUAUCAUCAAUUAUCAGUGUUACAAGAACUACAACAAUAGUCAUAAAUGAAAAAUUAAAUAAUCAUACUGGAUCAAAUAAAAACUUUCAACAACAUUGUAAAUGUCGAAUAGCACCAAAACUUAAUAUUAAAGAAUUUUCAUUUGAUAGCAUUACGAGAAGUUUAGGUUAA